UUGGCUGCACCUCACCUGCGUCGAUGACGUCAUCGGGGAAGCCACCAAAGCAGGAAGUGGCAGUUUAUGAAGCACGAAUAUGUGACAUGAAUCCCUCAACUAACAGCGGACAUAAUUGAGUUCACGCUUUUCUUUUUCUUUUUUUCCCCCUUUCUUCUUUUUUUUUUUGCGGAGAGUAAGGAGUUUUGAAAGUUUACCUCGCUCAGAGUCUCCAAUGUUGUAGGUGCGGAGGAGGUCACUGCACUGGGCCAAGGUGACAGCGGCAAUACGCCAUGUCUCACAACCCGCCGGACAGCCGUGCGGGUGACCAGGUCCCUCUAAUUCUGGAGAGCCACUUUUCCACAGAACUCCAUAUAUCUGAACCGGGAGAUGAAUGCUACCAGUUACAAAGCUCCCCCACUGUCCGGUCUGAGGUUCACAAAACCCAAGAGGAUGAAGCUGACGGGCUCAUGGUGCCCCAUCAGGUGAUUUUGAGCACCCAGAGUGCAGUGGCACUGAAGCUUGGCACUCAGCAGAUCAUCCCCAAAAACCUAGCCGUGACAAGCCGGCCCAAAAACCGCCACCACACCACUGUGGUGACGUUCCCUGUGGGACUAGAGAAUACCAGUAACGGAUCCCGCCUCCGACACUCAGCUCAGGGGCCUGAUGUGAGCUGGGAGGACUAUGACAGUGAUGGAGAUGGCUUCGCUUUGAGGAGAAACCGCAGGAACAAGUCAUACAGAGCGGCAGUGACCAGCCUGGACAUCGAGGCAAUGGCGAGGGGAAAAGGGGCUCCAAAGACACUAAAACCUGUUAAAGAAGGCAGAGCAUCCAGUCCCGGUGCAGCCCGCAGUCCUGGGAGAAAGCGAACCCUGCUUAGAAAGAGGAACCGUAACCAGCGUGGAUCAUUCAAAGAUGCAACGCCGCGCCUCUACCAGGAGAUCCGAGAGCGGGGUUUGUACUCUACCAACCAGGAUGAGCUACUGGACGACUUUGUAGUGGUGGAAGCUCCGGUGGAGGACCAGAGCAUCGUGGUGAAGAGCUACAGGCCGGCUCAGCUCACCUGGAGCCAGCUGCCACAGGUGAAGGAGACCGGCAUACUGAGCAUGAUCUCGCCUCAAGAGAGAAAGAGACAAGAGGCCAUCUUUGAAAUAAUCACAUCAGAACAUUCGUACCUGCACAGCCUGGGUAUCCUGGUGCGACAUUUUAAGGAGAGUGAAGCUUUGAGGAAAACCAUGACAGCCACAGAGCAUCACCACCUCUUCUCCAACAUCUCUGUUAUCCACCAAGUCAGCAAGCGAUUUUUUGAGGAUCUUGAGCGGCGUCACUCUGACAAUCCAGUCAUCCGAGACAUUAGCGACAUUGUCCAGAACCACGCCGCCCACCACUUUGAGCCGUACAUCGUCUACUGCUCCAAUGAGACCUUCCAGCAGAGGACGUUGCAGAAGCUCCUGAGGGGUAAUGGUGCCUUCAAGGACACAUUGAAACAAAUUGAAGGGAGCAGCGAAUGCGGAGGCCUCCCAAUGAUCUCGUUUCUCAUCCUUCCCAUGCAACGUGUUACCAGACUGCCACUGCUGCUGGAUACAAUUUGCCAGAAGACUCCUGACAAGACCGCCGAGUACUUUGCUGCGGUCUGGGCGCUGCACGCCAUCAGCAAGUUGGUCGGCAGCUGCAAUGACGGUGCACGGCGGAUGGAGAGGACGGAACAGAUGUACACCAUCCAGAAACAGAUGGAGUUUGGUAAAAUCAAGCCGUUUCCACUGGUGUCGUCGUCACGCUGGCUGAAGAAACGUGGCGAGCUGGCCGUCUGUGCCGAAGAGCUCAGCAUCUGGAGAGCAUUCAGUAACAGGAGCAACUACCUGUUUCUCUUCAAUGAUGUACUCAUUGUCACCAAGAGGAAGAGCGAGGACUCCUUUGUGGUGAUGGACUACGCCACCCUGGAGAAUGUGGAGGUGGAGGUCAGCAAUGAAACAGACGGUCAGGCGUCACCACCCGCCAAGAGCAGCUCCAGCCAAACUCUGUCCUUCAAGCUGCUCAUGAGCAAGAACAGUGAGGGCCGACAGGAGCACACCACCCUAGUGGCGGAGUCCAGGGUGGACCGGGCACGCUGGAUAGUCGCUCUCAGCCAGCACAAGGAGACGGAGCUUUUCUCCUGUAAAGACGGUCUGCCCCAGUACGAGGCCACCAAAGCCUACAUGCCCAAAGAGCCCGAUGAGCUGGGCCUGCAGCAAGCAGAGCUCGUCAUCGUCCAGAGAAACGAGGAUGGCUGGUGCUAUGGAGAGCGGAUGCGCGACGGUGAGAGGGGCUGGUUUCCUGACAGCUGUGCCACAGAGAUCACCGACCCCACGGCCAUAGAGGACAACGUGCAGCGAAUCAAGCGCCUCCGCAGAGAGACAAACGUUUGAGAAUAGCAGCGCCCCAGAAAGCAAGAACAUUUGUGAGGUCAGAGAUCUCACACCAACCUCAUCCAAGCGUGCCUUGAAAUGAUGGACCGUCACGCAAAAGAAAUGAUAGUCAGUGGUAAAUAGGAGGUACAGCCCAAUGUAAUUAUUACAUUCUUGAAGAUGUACAGUGCCUUUGCAGCACUGUCCAUAUCAAGCCUUAUUCCAAGUCAUUUUUUUUUAAACUCCAAAUUCAACAACCCCCUUAAUGAAGUAAGUUUUUGAAAUUGAAAACUACAAAAUAUUUAAACAAAGGGGUGUUAAAAAUUUAAGGGGGGGGGGGGUAGCUGUGUAGUGGUGCCUUGAAAGACGUUUUUCCCCAUUCUGUGACCACGUAUUUUACAGCAUUUCCAUAUAAUAAACAUCUUUCCUGAUGAGGGCUUCCUCUCAAACCAGCCCUUUCUCAUUGUCAUUACAGAUUUCCUAUUUUGGCCACCGUAGUUACCUUCUGGGAUAAAAUUGAAGCAUGUGGUCUUUAUUUAAAGGCUUUUUUGUGUAUGUGAGAAACAUUGCAAAUAUUGAAGUGUAUUUGACAAUGUAUAAACAAUUCACUUACAGAGGAACUUGAAUCUUAACAUCUUUACGAGGUGUAUAGCUCUAAGAUCUAGCUCAGGGAGGGGCAAAUUAUGUCCUGGGCGGCCACAGUCUGACCCCCCCUUCUGGUGCAUUGUUCACCACGUUUACAUUAAUCAAGGGUUGUGAAUUAUGGUGCAUUAAUUUAGCCAUUUUUUCCCAACACUGCUUAUUUAAGUCUUACAUUUCACAAUUACAGCUUGGCUAAAAUAAAAUUGCACAACCAGUUUUAAUUGGUUAAAUGAUAAUGGAAGUCUCUCCCCUGCCCCAAAAUAGUUCCAUUAUCAUGGGGGAAGUUUAAUCUUCAAAUUUUAAAUUAAACAGACCACCAGCAAUAGUUUGCUCAGGCCUGAUCUAGCUAAAUAUUUGUGAUGUAUAUUACGAAAUGGGUAUCACCGUGUUUGCCUUAAAUGAAAAAGCUCAUCCUUCCAUCUACAUUUGUAGUUUUGUGAAGCCUUAAACUAGCUUUUACAUGGCUACAUCCAUUAAAUAAAAAUCACUCCAUUGUCCCUGGUUUUUGGACUUUUAUUUGAGCUUGCAUUUUGUUAAAAUGUUUGAAUAGAUAAAAAGUCAUUUAAAAAUGUCAAACUGACAAGAUAUCAAAUUUCUUUUUUUUUUUUUUU